UGACACGCGGCACCGGCGAGAUGUGGCGGGUAGGGGGCUUGGACAAGGCGGAACUUCUAGAACUCUGCAAGUCCUGAUUCACAGAGCAGCUGUUCAAGGCUCCCAGUCAUGAUGGCACUUCCCUGGAUCUCAGGCAUUACUUUCCUUGUGCUCUCCUCCAUUUACUGUAUUGUUUCUCAUCAAGACCCAGAGAUGUGGUUCCAAAACCUCUUCCCACCUAAGGUGUGUCCUGCCAAUGCCAGCAUGGAUACUUAUUAUGGUAUCAUGUUUGAUGCAGGAAGCACAGGGACACGAAUUCAUAUUUACACCUUUGUACAAAGAAGCCCAGAAAAGCCUCCAGAAUUAGAAGGGGAAAUCUUUGAAUCAGUCAAGCCAGGUCUCUCAGCUUAUGCAGAUCAACCUUGGAAAGGUGCAGAAACUGUCAGAAGGCUGUUAGAAAUGGCCCAGGAAGCUGUGCCACCUAGCCAUUGGAAGAAGACCCCAGUGGUAUUGAAAGCCACGGCUGGUCUGCGCCUGUUAGCAGAGCACAAAGCCCAGGCUCUGCUCUCAGAGAAACGUGAUACCUCAGUAAAGAGGUACUGGAAGGUAUUGGCUUUGUGUAGAGGUAUUUUAGCCUGGAUCACUGUGAACUUUUUAACAGGGCAACUGUAUGGCCGGAACCAGCAGACUGUAGGGACCUUGGACCUGGGAGGAGCCUCGACUCAGAUUACAUUCUUGCCACAACUAGAGGGUACCCUGGAACAAACACCAGUGGAUUUCCUUACCUCAUUUGAAAUGUUCAACAGCACUUACAAGCUCUACACACACAGCUAUUUAGGUUUUGGGCUGAAGGCUGCACGACUAGCAACAUUAGGAGCCCUGGAAAGGGAAGGAGCAGAUGGGCAGACAUUCCGAAGUUCCUGUUUGCCAAAACAGCUGGAAGCAGAGUGGCACUUCGGGGGAGUGAAAUAUCAGUAUGGGGGCAACAGACAAGGGGAAACAGGAUUUGAAUCGUGUUAUUCUGAAGUCCUGAAGGUUGUACAAGGGAAACUGCACCAACCAGAUGAGAUUCGCAGAAACUCCUUCUAUGCCUUUUCCUAUUUCUAUGAUCGGGCUGUGGACACUGACCUUAUAGAUUAUGAAAAAGGGGGCAUUCUAGAAGUGCAAGACUUUCAAAGAAAAGCCAAAGAAGUGUGUGAUAACCUGGAGAGGUACAGCUCUGCCAGCCCCUUUCUGUGUAUGGAUCUCUGUUAUAUAACAGCCUUGUUAAAAGAAGGUUUUGGAUUUGGAGACAGCACAAUUUUACAGCUGGCAAAGAAGGUGAACAACAUAGAGACAGGCUGGGCUCUAGGUGCUACCUUUCAUCUUCUGCAGUCCUUGGCACUCUCCCACUGAGAAGACAUUGUCUGCAGGAUCAUUUUUUGGAAACAGGAACAUGCAUUUCUGAGCAGUACACAGACCAAAGAAGGGAAAUCAUUACCUUUAGAACUGGGUACUUCUGAGCUGCGGUAUAAGAUGGGUUCUUCUAGGAUAAUAAGUGCUCUGGACAUCAAAUAAUUGUAUAAUUUAUGCCAAAGGAUCUGAGCUCUGGCUCAGUAGCCUUGAAACUGAUCUUGUUCAAGGAACUCAGACAUGUCUUUGGCCAAAGCAUUUAUGCGCAUUUGGUACCAACAGACCUCAAGGCAUGUUCCACAGAGUUUGGGGGUCUUUUUGCACAUGAAACAAUGAAGGUUCACAUGUAAAGUAGAGAAGCCUAGCCUAAUAACAAAAACUGGAAUGAGCUAUUUAACCAAACUUUCUCUUAGGCUGUUUGAAACUUGGUAAUUAAUCUUCUAGGAUUAGCUAAUUCCUAAGACUGGGGAAGGAAGUUCUUGGCUCAGCUGAAGAAGAGAGAGUUGGUGGAAGAAAUGAUUUGUUAACCUCUGAAGAAGCUGCAGGGAAUGGAAGUGUUUAGGAAUCCCCACAAGGAAUGGUUUCACUUUUCUCCUCUUUCUGUCUCCCAUAAAGCUAUGAGAUGGUAAAUACUGUGCCAUAGGCACUUUUUCCAUCUGCUUCAGAAUGAAAUUUUCUAGAGAUUAACAGUCACAAAUCUUGCAGUGUAUUCUAAAAGUCCCUGUUUACUGCAGAAUAUUUAGAUGUCUGGCUGUAAGUGCAUCAAUCUGAAACGUCAGACUCCUCAGUUUCUAGUAUCAAAAGUUUCUUCAUGCCUGAAUCAGACUGAAGAUUUCUGACUGUUGCAAUGUUGUUGUGCACCUCUUCAAUAUUUCAUGAGGAUAACAUAAAUGUUCAGUAACUAAAUAUUCUAUCUUGGUAUU